CAAGAGCGCCGAUGCGCCGCAAGAGAGUACUGCAAGCCAGACACCCUCUGCCUCCUCUUACCCCCUAACCAUGGCCCCAAUCAAGCGGGGUGCCGACGGCGAGUCCGCCGGAUCCAAAAAGCAAAAGCAUUCCGCCGACGACCGCGCCGCCAAGCGCCAGCGGAAGUCCGAUGUCACGCCUCAGGAUGGAAACUCGAAGCCUGCGAAGACCGGGGAAAAGACAGACAAGCCUCUACCCGUCUCGUCGCUGUUGAAGCAGGAGGAGCGCUCGUUCCCCCGUGGUGGCGCCAGUGUCUUGACUCCUCUUGAACACAAGCAGAUCCAGAAUGAGGCUACACGCGACGUCCUCUUCGAACAAUCGAACAAGCGCGCGCCCAAAGGUGGUGAGAGCGAUGAUGAUGUGGACAUGGAGGGCGCGGAAGGCGCAAAGCCAGCAAAGAAGAAGAGGAAGUCCAAGGACCGCAAGAGUGGUGCUGGCGCAGAGAAGAAAGAGACGGAACUCAGGAUUGAAGGUUUGAGCUACAAGAAGCUUGCGCCGGGUUCCAUGGUCCUCGGACAGAUCACGCAGAUCACGUCGAAAGACAUCGCACUUUCUCUGCCAAACAAUCUUGUCGGAUUCGUCCCCUUGACCGCCGUAUCGGACCAAUACAACGAACGGAUAGAGGCACUGCUGGGUGAGGAUAAGGAAAGCGAAAAUGAGGAAGAGGAGUCCAGUGAAGAUGAUUUGGAGUUGAAGAACAUCUUUAGCUUGGGACAGUACCUGCGCGCCACCGUGACUUCUGUUGGCGACGACUCUAAGACGUCACAGAAGAGCAAAAAGCGUAUCGAGUUGUCGGUAAACCCAAAGGACGCAAACAAUCGCAUCCAGAAGUCGGAUCUCGUGGUGAAUUCUAUGGUGCAGGCUUCUGUGGUCAGCGUGGAGGAUCAUGGUCUUGUCAUGGACUUGGGUUUGGCCGAUGGCGCCAUCAAGGGUUUCAUGGGAGCAAAAGAGGUCGGAUACACUGUGGACCACAGCAAGGUCGAGAAGGGUGCGGUAUUCCUCUGCAUGAUCACCGGUCUUAGCUCCAACGGAAAGAUCGUAAAACUCUCCGCGGACUACCAGAAGGUGGGCAAUGUCAAGAAGACCAACUACCUGACAGAGGCGCCCACGAUUGAUGUGCUGUUGCCCGGUACUGCGGUGGAGAUGCUGGUUACCGAAGUGACGAUUACCGGUCUGGCUGGCCAGGUCAUGGGACUGGUCGAUGCUACUGCCGAUAUCAUCCACGCAGGUGCUGGAGAAAGCCAAAAAGAUAUCACCAACAGAUACAAAACUGGAUCAAAGAUCAGGGGAAGGAUCAUCUGCACGUUCCCCGAGGGCGAACGUCGCAAGCUGGGCAUCUCCGUGCUGGAUCAUGUUCUUUCUCUUACAAACCGGCAAUCCGCCGAGUCCAAGGCACCGCUCGACAUCCUGCCAAUCUCUGCUUUUGUCGAAGAGGCUAAGGUCACGAAGGUCGAAUCAACCCUCGGUCUGUUCAUGGAUGUUGGUGUCAAGGGCGUCCCAGGUUUUGCGCAUAUCUCGAGGCUUUCGGAUAAAAAGAUUGACUUCUUGUCCGAGUCAACUGGUGCUUACAAGCUGGAUUCCACCCACCGCGCUCGUGUUGUUGGCUAUAACCCGAUCGACGGCCUUUAUAUCAUCUCUCUGGAGCCCAAGGUUCUAGAGCAACCAUUCCUGCGCGUUGACGACGUCAAGGUCGGCCAAGUCGUAAAGGGCAAGGUCGAGAAGGUGCUCAUCACUGCCAAGGGCCAAGGCGCUGUAGUUGUCAACCUCGCUGAAGGAAUUAGCGGGUUGGCCUCCGAAGCGCACAUUGCGGACGUCCAUUUGCAGCAUCCGGAGAAGAAGUUCAAGGAAGGCAUGGCAGUUACCGCGAGAGUUUUGUCGACCGAUUCUGAAAAGCGUCAAAUUCGUCUCACUCUUAAGAAGACUUUGGUCAAUUCCGAGGCACCGGUUUGGUCGAAGUACGAAGACGUCGUCCUUGGUAAACAGGCCCCUGGUACGAUCAUCAAGAUCCUUCGGGCUGGUGCCAUUGUUCAAUUCUAUGGUGAUCUUAAGGCCUUCCUACCCGUCUCCGAGAUGAGUGAAGCCUACAUUCAAGAUCCAUCUGAGCAUUUCCGGAUUGGCCAGACUGUCACAGUCCAUACUAUCAAUGUUGAUGCAGAGAGUGACAAGAUGACCGUUUCCUGCAAAGACCCCACUACUCGAGGUGCUGCCAUGACGGAGGCUUACGACUUGCUCAAAGUGGGUAGCGUAGUCAAGGGUUCCGUGUCAGAAAAGUCCGAAAAAACAAUCACUGUCGAGCUGGAGGGAUCAGGCAUCAAGGGUAUUAUCAGAAUCGGCCAGCUCACUGACGGUUCCGAGAAGAAGGAUCAGUCGAGCAUGAAGCGCAUUCGUGUCGGUCAGACUCUUGAGGACUUGGUCGUUCUCAGCAAGUCAGACAAGAAGCCUCUGCUCACGCUUACGAACAAGCCCACCCUUCUGCAAGCCGCGAAAGCAGGCUCUCUGGUCGCGAAAUAUGAAGACCUUCGUGAAGGACAACCAGUCAAUGGAUUCGUCCGCCACAUCGAUGGUCAGCGUGUUUUCGUAGAAUUUGCCGGAGGUCUGGUUGGUCUGUUGUUGAAGUCGCAAAUGCCGGAAGAGAUGGCAAACACAGCUGAAUUCGGCCUGCGUGCCGAUCAGUCAAUCUCCGCUAAGGUUUUGGCGACUGACAACCAGCAGCGUCGCUUCCUUGUGACUAUGAAGGAUGAUCAGGAGGUCACGUCGAAGACAGCUACCGCCGCGUCAUCGAAAUCUGCUGCAAAGGACGAAACCCUUCUCAACCCUGUUGACGAACAGCUCACCUCAAUCUCUGACUUGACUUUCGGCAAGCUUACCACCGCGCGCAUCACUCACGUCAAGGAUACCCAACUCAAUGUUCACCUGGCGGAUAAUUUGCAGGGCCGUGUUGAUGUCUCUGAAAUAUUUGACAGCUGGGAGAACAUCAAAGAUAGGAAGCAUCCUCUGCGCCAGUUCAAGGCCAAGCAGAAUGUCCCUGUCAGAGUCAUCGGUAUUCACGAUGCACGAAACCACCGCUUCCUUCCUAUCAGUCACAGAACCGGAAAGACCCCCGUCUUUGAGCUGACCGCCAAGGCUGUCAACCUGACCAAGGAUUCCGAUCUUCUUUCAAUGGACAAAUUGACAAUCGGCUCCUCACACAUCGCGUUCGUCAACAACAUCAGCGACAACUGCGUUUGGGUCAACCUUUCUCCCAAUGUUCGCGGCCGUAUUGACUUGAUGGAUCUAUCGGACGAUGUGUCUCUUCUCAACAAUGUACAGGGUAACUUCCCUGUCGGUUCGGCCAUCAAGGUGCGCGUAAAGAACGUCGAUGCCUCCAACAACCGAUUGGAUCUUACCGCGACUUCUGCGGCUGCGUCGAAACCGACAAAGAUUCAAGACCUCUCAGCUGGUCAAAUCCUUCCAGGACGUGUCACGAAGGUUACGGAACGCCAUAUUAUGGUCCAGCUGAGCGAAACGGUUUCUGCCCCUGUCACGCUUACAGAGUUUUCCGACGAUUAUAGCCAGGCCAACCCUACUGUCCACAAGAAGCAUGAUGUUGUCCGUGUUUGCAUUCUGGACGUGGACGCUCCCAACAAGAAGCUCGUUCUUAGUCUGCGACCCUCCAAGGUUCUCAGCUCCUCUUUGCCGGUCAAGGACCCUCAAAUUGCCAACAUCAGACAGCUCAAGGUCAACGAUGUUGUGCGCGGUUUUGUUAAGAACGUAUCUGAGAAGGGCCUCUUCGUUAGUCUUUCGUCUAACGUGACGGCAUUCGUCCGUAUUUCCGACCUUUCGGACUCCUUCAUCAAGGACUGGCGGUCGGCAUUUGAGGUUGACCAACUAGUCACUGGCAAGAUUGUCGCCGUUGACCCUCUGCUUAACCAUGUGCAGAUUUCGCUUAAGGCGUCCAUGCUUGACAAGGAUUAUGUCCCGCCUACCACCUUCAAUGACCUCAAGCCUAGGCAGGUGGUCACUGGCAAGGUCCGUAAGGUGGAAGACUUCGGUGUUUUCAUUGUAGUGGACAAUUCCAGCAAUGUCAGUGGUUUGUGCCAUCGCAGCGAGAUUGCCGACCAGAAGGUUGAAGACGUGCGGAAGCUCUAUGAAGAGGGCGACGCUGUCAAGGCUAUUGUCCUCAAGAUUGACCAAGAGAAGCGCCGGGUCAAUUUCGGGCUGAAGGCCUCUUACUUCCAAAAGUCUGACGAGGAUGAAGAGAGUGAGGAUGAGGACACGGACGGCGGCGUUGAGGUCGAUGAUGAUGAAAGUGAUGACGAGGAUGAGGAGAUGAGUGACGAAGAAAUCGACCUUUCUAACGUCAAGGACAUGGAGGAGAGCGAGGACGAGGAGUCUGUUGAUGAGAUGGACGUCGACUCUGCUCCCACCAAGCCUGUUGCUGGUCUCAGCACCUCUGGCUUCGACUGGACUGGUGCCACCCUGGAAGCCAAUGCUGGCGCUGAGCCCGGUUCUGAGGAUGAAGACGAUGCGGCUGCAAAGAAGAAGAAGAAGAAGCGGCCCGAAAUCAAGGUGGAUCGCACCGGAGAUUUGGACAUUGCUGGUCCCCAGUCCGUUGCUGAUUUCGAGCGACUCCUUCUUGGUCAGCCGAACAACUCGGCUCUCUGGAUGCAGUAUAUGGCCUUCCAGAUUGGCUUGAACGAGGUCCAGAAGGCUAAAGAUAUUGCUGAGCGCGCUCUCAAGACAAUCAAUAUUCGUGAGGAAGAGGAAAAGAUGAACAUCUGGACUGCACUUCUCAACCUCGAAAUCGAACAAGGAAAUGAGGAGAAGGUGGAUGAGGUCUUCAAGAGGGCAUGCCAAUACUGCGAUCCUGAGGAGAUGCAUAACAAGCUCAUCACCAUCUACACCAGCACCGGCAGGCAUGAGAAAGCAGACUCUCUCUUCCAAACCAUGACCAAGAACAAGUCCAUCACGCCGAAUCCUAGCUUCUGGAUGAAUUACGCCACGUUCCUCAUGACUACUCUCAACGACCCCAGUCGCGCGCGCCAACUGCUGCCAAGAGCCACGCAAUCUGUGCCUGCGCAUCUGCACCGUCAACUCACCUCCAAAUUUGCCGCUUUGGAAUUCCAGUCCCCCAACGGUGACGCUGAGCGCGGCCGUACCAUCUUCGAGGGACUCCUCAGCACCUGGCCUAAGCGCUGGGACUUGUGGGAUAUGUUUGUGGACUUGGAGAAGGCGCGCGGUGAGAUGGACAACGUACGGCAGCUGUAUGGACGUAUGGCGGGCGCCAAAAUGAAGGCGCGUAGGGCGAAAUACGUCUUUAAGAAGUGGGCCGAGUGGGAGGAGAAGAACGGUGAUAAGAAGAGCCGGGAGCGCGUGCAGGCGCUGGCGGCGGAGUAUGUGGAGAAGCUCAAGGGCGGUGCGGAGGAGCAGGAUGAGGAUGAGGAAUAGGUAUAGGAUGUGUAGGCUGGUCAGACAAACUCGAAAAAAGGGCUGGGCGCAUUUAUUUGGGGUAUUUAUACUUUUGUUCAGGCAGAGCUUGUAGUCUCUGCAAUGUCAUUAUUCACUUCGACAUUUUACAUAAGCUACUGAAGCCCAGA